GUUCGAAAGAAUAAUUUCUUUUGAAAUCGUGUCAUAUAAAAAAAAACUGUCGAAUUCAGGUGACGAAUAUUAAGCUGGAUUAACUUUAAAAUUAUGUUUUGCCGAAGAAGAAUUAUUUUAUCUUGUGUUAUAAUAGUUUGUACAGUUAUUACAGUUUGGGGUCAUUCACACUCACAUGACGAUGAAUCGCCAGCGUUCAAAUAUUCCAAAAGUGCGAAUGAACAUUACAAAAAAGAAAAAGUGAAAAAUAUAAAUGAAUCUAGUUAUGACUUAUAUGUGAAGGCACUAAGUUCAACAAUAUUUAUCAGUAUAGUACCGUUUUUCAUACUUUUCUUUAUACCUAUUGACGGGACUGUUGAAAAACAACCAUUACUAAAAAUUUUGCUGUCCUUUGCCUCUGGCGGACUUCUCGGCGAUGCUUUUCUGCAUUUAAUUCCACACGCUUUGAUGCCAUCUGAACAAGGAGCAGGACAUAGCCACAGUCAUAGUCAUUCAAACAGUAAUAGUUCUAAUGAACCCCAUGAUAUCACAGUAGGUCUUGGAGUUCUUGGUGGAAUCAUAACAUUCCUAGUUGUUGAGAAGACUGUCCGUCUUAUUGAUGGAGGUCAUGGACAUUCACAUGGCCCAGAAAAGAAAAAAGAUGAUGCAAAGAAGAAAAAUAAAGAGAAAAAGAGUGAAAUAAAAAUUGCUGGUUAUUUAAAUCUUGCUGCUGACUUCACUCACAAUUUUACUGAUGGAUUAGCAAUUGGAGCUUCAUUUAUUGCUGGAAAUAGUAUUGGAUACAUAACAACAAUCACAAUUUUACUUCAUGAAAUCCCCCAUGAAAUUGGUGAUUUUGCCAUACUAGUUCAAUCGGGAUGUUCUCGUCGAAAAGCUAUGAUGUUACAACUGUUGACUGCUUUUGGAGCUAUAUCUGGGACAGUUAUAUCAAUUUACUUACAAGGAUCUGGAGAAGGCAUUGUUGCAAGUCUAAUAUUACCUUUUACUGCUGGUGGUUUUAUUUAUAUUGCAACAGUUUCUGUCAUUCCAGAAUUAUUAGAAGGAUCUACAAAGUUAUCUCAGUCUAUUAAAGAAAUUCUUGCACUUUUAGCAGGUGUUUACAUGAUGGUAAUAAUAGCACAAUAUGAAUAACUAUGUACUAUAGUUUAGAAACUAAGUCCUGUCCUAUACAAUUAUAAACUUAGGGCCGGUUUCUGAAUUGAGGAAAGUACAAAAUCUCAAGUGAUUAUUCUCAAUAAGUUAAGUUGUUUAUGUUUCAAGUGGCAAAAACCCUAGUUUUAUCAAACUGCGCUUAACUAAUCAUUAGAAAAAUGUUAAGAUUUUAAAAUUGGUUUGAGACAUGCUCAACUUAAAUUCUCAAUUCAUAAACCAGGUGUAAAUCAUUCAAGAUUAUUAUUAUAUAAUGUGAACAGUUCUAUUUGGUUUAUAGAUUAAAUUCACAUCACAAUCUAAUUAAGUUUCCUGUGUAACAAAAACUAGACAAAACAACUGGACUUUGAAUGUUCACUAAUGUUACAAAUAUCUGUAAAUAAAAUUGUCUGCAACAUUAUUAUAAUAAAAUAAUAUUCUUAUAACAUCAUUUUUUUUUAAUCCACUGAAAAGACCUUUUUCUUUACAAUAUAACAACUAAGUC